UGCCAUCAAUCAAUCAAUGUCCCGCGUAAUGGCGGACCGCGUUCAAUCAUCCUACAUUCCGUCAGUCAGCGCCCGACCGGCAAUGGAGGCGGACGACAGUUCAGAAAACGAAUCGUCUCCCGGAGCGGAGCAGCUAGAGGAGCAGACUACGUCGCGCCACGGCUUGGAGCCCGAGAAACAGUUCAUAUUGAAGUACGAAUCACUUCCACAGUUGUGGGAUACAUCGGACAUACGCUACAGCAAUCGAUUCGAAAGAUACUGGGCAUUGGAACAAUUGCUACCAAUAUACCAAAAACUGAAACCCUACGCCACCGUCGAAGAUAUUAAAAAGAAAAUCAAUUCACUACGAUCCAACUAUCGGAGAGAGCUCAAGAAGUACAUCGCAUCCGCACGAUCUGGAGGCAAUAGCCUUUACUAUCCUAAAGUAUGGUACUUCCCGUAUUUAAGCUUUCUAAGAAAACUGGAACUUACUGAGGGUCAGCAUGAAAUUCCGCCAGGAGUCGAGGAAGCAGAAAGCCCGCAAAAUAUCAAACAAGAAAGCACAUCGGUAGUUUCAAAACCAAAGAGUAUACUACAAUCACUGUGUUCAGAUACAAAACCACAAACAUCGCCUUCGUCAUUGAAAAUGAAAAAGAAACUGUUACGAGAGAAACUUCGAAAUGGAGAUAUGCCGUCGCAGCCGUACCAACAGUAUCAAUGUCAGAAGAUAUCAAACCCAAUAGCGCUGGAAUGGUCGGAAACUUUGGCAAGGCUAGACCCACUCCAAAGGUUGUACGCAAAGAAAGCUAUCAACGACAUUCUAUUCGAAGCUGAACUGGGAACCUUACACAAACAUUCUGUCCGAAUCAACGAAUCCAACUCGUACUACAUACGUUCAUCACCUGGCCGUAUGUCUGGCAAUGAUGACAUAGAGGCACAAGCUCCAAAUUCCUCGGUCGAAAAAUGUGAUCCGAUUUCAAUUAAAAACAACGAUUCAACUGAUGUAGACUAUAAAAUUCCUAUUACCUUUCUACAGUGCAGUCUUGAAAAUGAAGGCCAUCCGCGUGAAGCUGAGUUUGAUCAUUAAGAAUAUAAUUAUAAGGUUUUGCAAUAAAGUAAAUUGUUAAUACAUA